AUGAGAACUCCUACCGCUGCAUGGUCCACUUGGCUGAUCUUGCUGUCACUAUUAUUUGAGACCAGCCGAGGGUUUUCAUCCUGUCAUUCGUCUGGUGUUGUUUGUGGUACUAGUAGAGCAUCCAGUCGAACAAAGUUGGCAAGAAUACACCAGCAUGACCACAGCAUCCAUACUACUACAAACAACCAUGGUAGAAGAUCACAACAAUUGCAUCUUGCCAUUCGAAACAGUCAUGGGGGUGCAAAUGGCAAGAAGAAGAAGAAGAAGAAGAAACCAAAGCGAAGCUUGCUGAGUCGAAUCUUUGGAUUUGGUAAGCAACGAGACACGAAAGAAAGGAGUGGACAAGAUGUCGUACAAGCCAUCCCCGUGGAAUCCAUCCCAGCAGAAGAAGAAGAAGAAGAUGUGGAAGCCCUUCUACUAGGAGAGCCAACUAUCAUGGAAGAUCAGUCGCAGGAGAAAGAGAAGAAUCUAGAAGAACAACAAGUUGAUAGGAAGGAAGAUAAUGAAGAGGAGGAAGCAAAUGACACCAACAACAACCAGAAGAAAAAGAAACCAAAGCGAAGCUUGCUGAGUCAAAUCUUUGGAUCUGGCAAGCAACAAGACAUGAAAGAAAGGAGUGUACAAGAUGUGGUGCAAGUCAUUCCUGAGGAAUCCACCCCAGCAGCAGAAGAAGAAGAAGAAGAUGUGGAAGCCAUUCUACUAGGAGAGCCAUCCAACACGGAAGAUCAGCCCCAGGAGAAAGAGGAGAAUUUAAAAGAACAACAAGUUGACGAGAAGGAAGAGGAGGAAGAGACUUCUGAGGAAGAAAUGUUUAGUGAAGUUACAGCAACCAACACCACUGUUAGUGGCACUGAUACGGAACCAGAAAGCACGCAACAACCGGAGAUUGUCAGCCAAGAUAGUGAUGACCACGACAAACCAUCCGAUGACUCUGAAACUUUGGCUGGUGAGGAAAAGACCACUAUUGCUUCAUCAUCAGAGUCAGGAGAAACAUCAUCAGCUUCCACCAAUCCAGAACCAAACCAACAACAAGAGCCCCCUUCUGAAUUGGGGGAAAAGGAUGCUGGAAAGAUUGCUGGAGAACUCAAGGAAGUACCCAGGGAAUUCCAAAAGGGAUCACCAGAGGGUGAAGCAAAUGCUCUGGUCACCACCGCUGGUGCUUCGGAUAAUGAUAAGAACGACAAUCAAAAACAACCUCAGAAGAAAAAGAAAAAGAAAAAGGGCAAGGGAUUGAUUCAAAAACGAAUCGCACAAUUCAUGACGCUGCUCUUUCUACUCGUGUUUGUGGGGCCCUUUGUGGCUGAUGAAUUAUGGGAAGGACAACCACCCGUGGUGACGGCCAAACAGCGAAUCGUUGUCGAAGAAGAUCCUUUUGACAUUACGACGUUACAAGAAGACACCAUUCAACCCGACAUUGCCGUGGCUACCCCGGAUGAAACCAGCGUCCAACCACAAAAAACACAAGAGCAACGACGUCAAGUGGUCCUAUCCUUUGUCUCGGAUGCCGUCAACAAGGUGGGACCCUCCGUCAUUCGGAUUGAUACCGAAACACACAUGUUGGGAGAUCAUCAUCAACCACACGAGCAAGACAACACUGAUGAUGGACUCGUAUCACCUCCCGGUUACGUCCAGCAAGGACAGGGAUCGGGAUUGAUCUUUUCUUCCGAUGGACUCAUUCUGACCAAUGCACACGUCGUAGAAGAUGCCACCAAAGUCACAGUGACACUCACGGAUGGACGCAUGUAUCAGGCCAAGGUGUUGGGACAAGACGAGAUUGUGGAUAUUGCCGUCAUCAAAAUCAUUCCCGAAAGUCGAGGAGAAGGAGGAGGAGACCAUCUACCAAUGGCCAAGCUAGGUGACAGCGACAAGCUCAAUGUAGGCCAGAUUGUUAUUGCGGUUGGAAGUCCAGGCGGUUUGGAUAACACCGUCACCAUGGGAAUCGUUUCCGGGUUGGAACGAUCCUCCACUGUCGUCGGUAUACCCCACAAAAAGGUAGAUUACAUUCAAACCGAUGCGGCCAUCAAUCCCGGAAAUAGCGGUGGGCCACUGGUCGACGUCGAGACGGGUGAAGUGGUGGGCAUCAAUGCCGCGAUUCGAGCUCACAUGGAAGGCACCAGCUUUGCCAUCCCAAUCAAUCGCGUCCGCGAGAUCAUGAAUGAUUUGGCCGAAGGUAGGGAAAUACAUCAUGGCUAUUUGGGCAUUUCGUUGGCUACCUGCACGCCCGAUUGGGCCCGUCAGAACAAUGUCAACGUGAAAGAUUCCAAAUCGCACAUUCCGGAAAUCUACGGAGCACUUGUACACAACGUGUUUCCACGAACACCUGCCGAGGCGGGUGGUUUGAAGACCAAUGAUGUCAUUCUGGAUAUUGGUGGAAAGCGAGUGCAGUCGUCGGAUGAUGCUCGGAGGUUGAUUGAUGGAGCACCAGUAGGCGAGGAGGUUCGGAUAUCUGUCUUGCGGGAUAAACGACAAAUAGAAGUGACAGUGAAACCCGUGGACCUGGCCACCAGGCUACGGGAUAUCAAGCGAGAGCGACAGCGACAGUUGCUGCAGGAAAGGCUACGGUUUCAGGAGCUGGGUCCUUACCGGUCCAUGCUGCAAUAG